AUGACCGACAAGAAGGAAGAGCAGCAGAACACGGAGGAGUACGACUACGAUCGGCAGCUUUACCGCUGCCCCAUUUCUUGGCCCAUCACCUCCGACAAACCCAAGAUGACAAAGAAAUUGUACUCCCUUAUCAAGAAGACAGUGACGAGGAACAAAAAGGGCAUAUUGAAGGGCAUCAAGGACGUCACAAAGGCAAUCCGAAAGGGUCAGAAGGGCGUUCUUAUUCUUGGCGCGGAUGCUUCACCGUAUGACGUCGUGUCGCACUUUCCAGUCAUGGCGGAGGAGGCCAAGAUCCCAUAUGUGUGGGUGCCCUCGCGGCAAGACUUAGGAACAGCGACGCAGUGCAAGCGCGCCACCUCGGUGGUUCUUCUCAAGCCGGACCCUGAGUUUCAGUCUAGCUAUGACAAGAUUGUGCUGGCGAUUGAAGAUCUGAACUCGGACGAGUGA